AUGCGCUACACAUUAGCUUACACGUUUACGGGAACAAUUUCAUCAUUAGUUUCACUUUGGAUCCUUUAUCAUGUUUUAACUGGUCAGGGAGAGAGAAUAUCAGUUGGAUGGUUCCUUGAAGAAACUAGCCCAUACAUGUGGGCCUGCUUAGGAAUUGGAUUCUCUGUUGCAUUGUCAGUAGUUGGAGCUGCUAUGGGAAUUCAUACAACUGGAGUUUCAAUCAUUGGUGGUGGAGUAAAAGCACCAAGAAUCAAGACGAAAAAUUUGAUUUCUGUCAUCUUUUGCGAAGCUGUUGCUAUCUAUGGUCUCAUCACUGCCAUUGUUUUAUCUGGAGGACUUGAGCCGUUUACAGCAAAUGUUGCAGCAGUAAAUGAAUCAGUCAGAGGAACAAACUGGAUGGCUGGAUAUGUCAUGUUUGGAGCAGGUCUCGCAGUCGGUUUAGUCAAUUUAUUCUGUGGAUUGGCUGUUGGUAUUGUUGGAUCAGGAGCUGCUUUAGCCGAUGCUGCAAAUUCAAAUCUUUUCGUUAAGAUUCUUAUUGUCGAAAUUUUUGGAUCCGCUAUCGGUCUCUUUGGACUCAUCGUCGGAAUUUAUAUGACGAGCAAAGUCAAAAUGGGAGACAAGGAAUAA